AUGAACUCAAUGGGCGGCGGAGGAAACUUCAAACAAGAGUCCACCUUUCAGGGUGAAAAUGGUGGUGAUGCCACGGAUGCCGAACUAUUGGCCUUACUUCGAGGCGUUUCGGCCAAGAAUGCGAGUGCGGAUCGUUUUGCUGAUGAUGACAAUGACCAGCAGCAACAACCACAAGAAGAAGAGCCCGCCUUGGUGGUGGAAGAGCCUCCUGUCAAGCCACCACCCCGAAACCGACGCGAUCCCAAUGAAGUUCCACCAUGGAAGAAAGGAAAGGCCAAACCAGCUGCUACUGCUACUGCACCUGCACCUGCACCAGCUCCACAACCAGCAGCACCACAACCAUUCAUGGGAGGUGGAAAUUUCAAGCAGGAAACUAAUUUUAAUGGCGAAAAUGGCGGUGAAGCGAACGAUGAAGAGUUAUUGGCUCUAUUGAGAGGUGUCUCGGCCAAGAGUGCCAGUGCGGAUCGAUUUGCGGAUGAUGGCGAGAAUGACAACGAAAACGUUCAAGAAGAACAAUCUGCUCCGGCACCUGCACUAGCACUAGCACCAAAACCAAAACCAGCAGCCCCUAGCAGAAACCGACGGGAUCCAAACGAAGUUCCUCCAUGGAAGCGUGGAAAGGCCAAGGCGAAACCUGCAACUCCACCGAAGGCGGAACCUACACCACCACCAACGCCACCACCAUCAGAGCCAAUGCUGCCAAUGGGAGGAGGUAACUUCAAACAAGAGUCAACUUUCAAUGGAGAGAAUGGAGGUGAGGCAAACGACGAGGAACUCUUGGCGCUACUUCGAGGUGUUUCGGCAAAGAGUGCCAGUGCGGAUCGGUUUGCCGACGACAAUGACGAUGCCGUCCCAGAACCGGAUGCUUUUGUUGCUGCACCUCCACCGGCUCCAGCGCCUCGCAAUCGACGUGACCCCAACGAAGUUCCGCCAUGGAAGCAAAAAAAAAACAAGCCCAAGCCCGCCACGCAAAAAGAAAAUGAACCGGCGCCAGCUCCCGAACCAGCACCAUUCAUGGCAGGUGGAAACUUCAAACAAGAAUCUAAUUUUAAUGGCGAAAAUGGUGGUGAAGCAAAUGAUGAAGAGUUGCUUGCUUUACUACGAGGAGUCUCCGCCAAGAGUGCCAGUGCGGAUCGAUUUGCUGCCGAUGAUGAUAAUGAUGGUAGUGCAGGCCAAGAACAAGCUAUUCCUGAACCAGCUCCUGCACCAAAGCCAAAGCCAACCCUCAGCAGAAACCGACGAGACCCGAACGAAGUCCCUCCGUGGAAGCGAGGUAAGGCCAAAGCGAAACCUACAACUACACCAAAGGCCGAACCAACACCGGCUCCAGCGCCAGCGCCGGUCAUGGGAGGUGGCAACUUCAAACAGGAAUCGACAUUCUCUGGAGAAAAUGGAGGUGACGCCAACGAUGAAGAGCUUUUAGCCUUGUUGCGGGGUGUAUCCGCAAAGAGCUCCAGUGCCGCCCGAUUCGCUGACGAUGAUGGUGGAGGAACAGGUUCUUUUCAAGAACAAGCUGCUCCAGCUCCGGCACCAGUCGCUCCACCGAAACCAGUAAUCAGAAGUGCCCCUGCUCCCUCCCCUCCAAAGAGCCAACCUGCUCCAGUCCCAGCGCCACAACCUGCGCCAGUCAUGGGAGGCGGAAACUUCAAACAGGAGUCUACCUUUUCUGGCGAGCGUGGUGGCGACGCCAACGAUGAAGAAUUACUCGCAUUGUUGCGUGGUGUAUCAGCAAAGACCGGUUCGAGUCGCUUUGGAGAAGAGCCCACGCCGCCUGUUGAGGCUCCAGCGCCCGCUCCUGCACCAGUGGCCAAACCGCCACCACCCUUGUCCGGAACUCCAUUUGAUCCAAAUCCACCUCCAACUCCUUUCGCAAGUGCUGGAGGAGACCAAGACGAAAUCGUUGUUACAAGAGAAGACCUUCCGACGGCACUUUCAAGCAGUGAUUGGAAAGUACGGAAAAAGUCUUACGUUUUGCUUUCGGAGCUUAUUGUUCACUCAGGAGGAUCACAGGCACCAACGGGAGCGGUGAAUGCCAAUCAAAUUUAUCCUGGGCUUGACGAUAUGAUAGCAUCCACUUGUUUGAUGGAGAAGAAUGCUAAUGCACUGGAGUCUGCCAUGGAAAUGUCUACCGCAUAUGCCGACUACUGUCGAGGAGGUAUGGAUGCAGAGCGAGCAGAGCAGAUGACAACUUCUCUCAUCAAAGGGACUGGGUUCACAAGUCCAAGACCAGCAAGUGCACGAGUAGCAGAAGCAUUGGUCCUCAAAAUAAUGGAAGUUGGAAGCAGCGCCGACUCACUGAAUGCCGUCAUUGGGGUCCUCAUGGAUCAAGGAUUUGCGUCACGAAAACCCAAGAUUGUUCAAAUGUCCUGUAAUCUGAUAUUGAAGGCAGCUCAGGGGUUUGGUGCCGCUUGCUUGCCACUAGCUGCUAUUUCCCAAAGCAUGCCAAAACUGCUGUCACAUGCCAACAAGAAGAUUCGAGAUGUUGCAUUGGAAAUCGUUGCGGAACUUUGUCGAGCCUUGGGUUCCAAGGAUCCUCUCGAAGAGAUUAUCAGCAAACUGAAGAAAGCACAAGAAGCCGACCUGGAUGACAUGCUUGAGAAGCAACCACAGCCCAAUCCUCCACAAAUUGGUCUUCGCUGCAACAGAGUAGCCGGAGGGAACCAAGCUGCUGAAUCUCCUGGAGAUGCCCUUGCCGCAUUGCAAGCCAGCGCCAAAGAGCUCGAGGCGGAGCGAUUUGCCAAGCGACCUGAAGUGGAUCUCUUUGCAGAACUCCGUCAGGUGGACUAUGCUGGAAAACUCAAGUUGGCAAAAUGGAACGAGAAGGUUGCCGGUUUGACAAUGAUAUUGGAAGCUGGUGGAGAAACUCCAUACAAGCUCAAGCAGCCGUCUUCCUCCAUCAAUUACGUCCCACUGAUAAGUGAAAUGAAAGCCAUUUUGUCUCAUACGCACUUUGCGGUCGUGUCAAAGGCAAUGGAGGUGCUGUCGAUGUUGGCGCAAGGAGUUGGGGCAAAACUGUAUCCAAACCUACGACCUUUGAUGCCAAAGUUGUUUCAGUUGUCCAAGGAUAAGAAAUUGAUCAAGUCAACAUCUGCAUGUCUGGACGCAUUAUUCGGGAAUGUGAUUUCCUUUGAUCACAUUUUAGAGGAGGAGUAUGCAAUCAAGGAAGCCUUGGAAGAACGCAAGCAAAAGAAUGCAUUGGCUAGAACCAAUGCGUUGGACUUUUUGACCCGAUGCGUGACGCGACGAGAAACGGCUGGUCCACGGGGAGCACUAGACCCAUCAACUGCAAAAGAGUCGGCAAAUCUGGCUAGCUUGAAGCUGAAGGAUACUGAUGCCAAUGUGCGAAAGGCAGCUGUCAGAACGCUCAAGGAACUUCAAUCUGUGGAGGACCCAGAAAUUCAAAAUUCUGUGGAGAGCGUAAUUGAAGAGUUGGAGACUUCCAACCCGCGUGUUUACAAGCAACUUUCUGGGAGCAGCGGUGGGGCUCCCAAACCGACCAGGACUUCAAAGGCGAGUCCGCCAUCGUCACCAGUCAAAAGGGCGUCGGCCACAUCUCGCUCCAAGGUAAAGACCACACCAGCUGCUCCGCCUCCUCCUGUUGCAAAGAAGGCCCCGACACCACCUCCCAAAGCGAGACCAGCUGCUGCACCUUUCAAUGUUGAAUCUGGGGACAUACCUACCACCGAGGAAGCCAUUGCAAGAUGUUCAUCCUUGGAUAUUCCACCAUGGGAGACAGACGAGGACAACGGUGACACUAUUUCCGGAAUACAAUCAUCCAAAUGGCAGUGUCGUCAGGCGGCCAUAAAAGGAUUGGCGAACUUUGUCUCCAAUCGCGAAGUUUUGUCAUCUCCAUCAGAGAGUGUAUUGGAAGCUAAUUGCAUUGUGGUGCUGGUAAAAGAGCAUACUCGAGGUUUCAAAGAGUCGAACUUCAAUGUCACUAAGGCUAUUAUGGAAUUAUUCCUUGCGUUGUGUGACUAUCAUGAAAAGGCCGGUAUCCCGUUUUUGGAAUGGGCUUCGGCCGAUGCAGCUACGCUGGCGACUGAGAAAAUUGCUGACAGGAAGCUUUCAAGCUUUGCCAAAGAGUUGCUGUCUAGUUUGUGUGUUGUUCGUAUGCCUUCAGAAAUCCACAUGAUUUGCUACGAAGCCAUCAAAAAGAUCAGAGCUCCUGCUGCUCACGAAGAAUUGGCGAAAUGGAUUCAACAUUUCUGCAAUGAAUUCGGAGCUGCAUCACUUGGCUCUAGCGUUAGCGAAGCUGUGCCCUAUUUGGUGGAGGGGUGCAAGUCGAAGAAUGCUAAGGUAAAGAAGGAAUCACUUUCAGCAGCUGGGCUAUUGCACAUUCAGUUAGGACCAAUUGUUCGGCCGGUUGCGUAUACUGCCGCGGGCAAGGAUGAUUCAAUUCGUUCUUUGUUAGAGAAAACUUUUGAAGAUAAUCCGCAUGAUCCAUCCUUCGCGGCCACGCAAUGGCCAAAAAGUAGCAUCUGUGUCGGCUUGGACGGCAAAGGUGAUGGAUCCGAUGCGGAUGCUGGAUUCGGACUGGAUAUACCCAAGAUGGAUUUGUUUGCAGAGUUACCUAACGACUGCAUUGAUAAGAUGGGAUCGAAAGAAAGCAAGACGUCGUGGAAGGCCAGAAAGGCAGCCAUGGAGGAUGUAUCUAGCGCACUGAAGCAAUGCAAUGGUCUAUUGGAUACAACGAACAUAAAACAACUAGUUGCCCUCUGUCGCGAGCUGUGCGAACGCCUCUCAGAUACACAAAGCAAUUUGAAGCCUGUCGCAGCUCGUCUCCUUGGCACCGUACUCUCAUUAGUUGACGCUCCGGCGCAAGUAAAACUUGGCAAAGUUAUUUAUGCGCCACUGAUCAAUUCUGCAAUGAAUGAAAACAAAAAGGCGAUGCAUGAUGCUGCAAUGGAGGCAUUGCAAAAAGCCACAACUCUGCAUCCUAUUGAGGGAGAAGGGAUCAACAGCCAGGUCAUCAUUCCCUUUGUGUCUGCGCUCGCGAUGGUUCUUGAUGAAUCGGAGUUUAAGGCAAGCGGCCUUUCGGAUGUCCUCAACUUGACACAGACAUUUGCGGAUGACCUACCAAAUCUUGAUAACGUCGCCUCGCAACGUGGAGAAACUGUUGGAGGCCGAUUUGCAACAGUUAUUGUCGAUGGAUUAACAUCUCCAAAGGCAGAUAUUAGAGCUGCCUCGGAGGCUUUGCUUCAAGCUUGCGUGGACAAGGAAGUGUUCGAUAUUUCGACUGCAAAACGAAGCGCCAGCAGACUAAAACCUGCAAAACAAAGAUCUAUUGGUCCCAUCUUGGCAAGAAUGUCAGCAUUAGACGAACCAAGCGAAUCACAAGAGGUGGAGAAAGGAACCAUAUCUACUAGAGCUAUUGGGAGAAGAUCUCAGACUACAACUUCUAGGAGAUCCAUUGCUCCACCCAAUGCAACCACAAGGAAAACGAAUAAUAAUGGCCGUGGCCGUCAGCAGGAAGCCGUAUCGGAAACCCUAGAAUCAGCGCAUCCUUUGAUUGGACUUGGGGCCGAUACAGGAAAGCAAAAGUCAGCUUCGGCGAUGCGACUGAUGACUUGGCCAGAAUACCCGGACGAACCAAGCGCAAAUACGUAUUUCACUGGAUUGAAGAAAACUUGGUCACCACUACUCCCCCCUGACUCAGUGAAGGUCCUCUUCCCUGCAGGAGGCAUUCGCAGGCAUGAUGAUGCGAAAGCAGGUUGCGAUCUUUUGAAGCGUGCCAUUGAAUUGGACAAGGCUGGAGAAGGUACCGCAGUAUCUGACCAGUUUGGGAUAAUAUUGAAGUGGUCAGUCUACGUCCUUUGCCGAAAAGAAACCACUGCUGGACUUCAAGAGCUACUAUCUUUCUUCUCCGAACUGUUCUUGCACAUGAUGGACAUAAAUCACGAACUCACUGAUUCCGAAUCCGGUAUCUUGUUGCCUUUCAUUUGGGACAAAUACAGUGCUGCGAAGGGUCGUUUCAAGGAUACAUACAUGGAAUUGCUGGAUCUUUGCACUUCCGAGGCGCUAUGUCCUCCAAAGAAGCUAGGUCCACUUGUCUGUGUACCAGUGCUUGAAGCAUCUCCUUAUCCACAUGCACGAGUUCUUGCUUGCAGAGAAUGUUACGACUGCGUCGAAAAGAUCGGUCUCAGUGGCAUUGGGAAAAGAGGAACACUUGCCUUGGCGAAGGCUCUGUCGGAAGAAAAGCUGCUUGAGAAUCGAAAUGCAUAUCUGGAUUUGAUGGAAUCGUUGCUAUUGAGAAUGAAUGGGGACAUGCAGCGUUUGGCGAGAAUCUGUGGUUCGUCAUUAUCUGCCAAGGCUCGUGAUUUGCUCGAGGAAAGAGUUACGUCUGGUGGUGGUUCCAAGCCCACCUCUGGAACAGAGAGCUUACGGCGGACUCAGAAGCCCAGAGGGUCACCGAACCGUGAAAUACCGAGUCCUCAAAAGAUUCCGAGAAGCCCAACUUUCGCCAAAAACAAAACAAUAGUUCCUAGGAGUCCGACCUUUGAACCAGCGAAAUCAAAGGGUGUUUCAGGGGGGUACAACUCAGCUUUUGGCGAUGAGUUGCCUGCACUUGGACUUCGUGACUCCCCCAGGACCACUCAAUCAUCUCGUCUUUCACAAGGCCCAUCAAGCUACUCGCAAGGAAUGCGCCGUGGCAGUGCCAAGCUCGACGUAGAUUCAGCAAACGAUAUUCUAUCAAACCUUCUUGAUGCCGAAGAAAUGCUGGAGGGUACUGGUGGAAUUGCAAGGUCAAAUUCAAUUGCUUCUUCAAAGUCUUCUAUACCGGAAACAAAUUCUCAAAGCAAAUCCACAAAGCUCUUUUCGGUGCCUACCCAGAUGUCAGCGGCAGCCGCUAUGGACAAACCAGAUUCUUCAAAUUCAGCAUCCACGGAAAUCGGCGCGGCAGCUUCUCUUCGCGCUCGCCUUCUCAAGAUCCGUGAAAAGACCAAAGUCACAAUCGAUACUAUUGAGGUAGAGGAAGAAGCUCCUCAAGACAAGUUUGGCUUAUCCACAACAUUUUCGCAAGAAACUUCUUCAUCGACCGCAACUGGACCAGAGAAAGCGUUGUCUCCCGUGCGUGGUAUCCCGUUUGACAACGAUUUGUAUUCUCAGGGCGAGCCACGAGAACGCUUGAGCGCUUUCCUCGAUACACUCUCGUCUUUGAUUGCGAAGAAAUCGCCUCUUCAAGAAGAUGACGACGAUAUCUUUGCAACCACUGAUGUCUUGAAGACUAUUCAUGCAGCAGUGUCUGGACAAGCAAACCUUGCAGUCGAUCUGUCAUCAAGUGACGUAACUCACCUCCGUGUGGAGAUCGCGGAUCGCGCCAGUGAUGUUGUAGCGGCAUUGACCAGGUUAAUUGGGUUCGGCUUUGACUGCCACGAUUCAAGGUGUUCUGCUGGAAUGUCAGUUCCUCUUUUGUCUGUAAACCUAGCCUCUUUGAUGGCCAUUUUUAGAUCAGAUGAUUUGGCGAAAAAGGUAGCUGUGGACGAUUUGACGCUCUUGAUACGAGAGGCAGGGAAAGCUCUACUUGACAAAAGACUUGCCACUUCUUCUUCUGUACCGGAGGGAUCAAAACUAGACGACGCGACAAGCACGCAGAUGGUUCGAGCUAUCAACAAGCUUGCGGUCCAAGCAGCUACUGGUACCAAAAGGGAUAUUUCCUUCCAAGCUUUGAUUGCUUUGCAACAGCAACUAUCAAUGAAUGCGAAGAAUUCUGAUGAAUCGAUGUUCAAUAGUCGGCUGUCGAGAGUAAUUGCCAAACUGUUCUCGCGAGUCAUCAAAGCUGAAGAGGGCACCCCUGAGCCAUACAAUUCAGGCGAAUUUGACAUAGAAUCUAUUCUUUGUUGCCUCGAAGAUUCGCUGGAUGCUACUUUAUCUGAUGGCGCUGGCGCUGGAGGGAACCGAAAUCUGGCGAUGUUGCUCAUGACGUCCAUGUUGAAAGCACGCGGGGAAAGCUUUUCGCUGCGCAGUCAGAUGGAUGAACUAGGAAUAGAUUCCCAAUCAUCGGAGCUUGGCAAACUUCUUACUUCAUGCGCAACAGACCUUGGAAUCUAUCCAGGAUCACCAGCGAGAGGAACUCCUACCGGUGUUGCUACGCGGGAUGUGAGUGCCCUUGUAUCUGCCGUCGGAAGUGCACAGGGAGAAGAGCGAGAAAAAGCAAUAUCAGCACUUCGGGGCUAUACUGACAUGUAUGGAAAUGCGGAUUUGAUGGAACAUUUGGAGCAAGUGUCAGAUACGUUCCGGGAGUUCAUUUUGGAACAGCUAUCUCUGAAAGCCAGCGAUGUGGAUGCUGCGCCAGCUGCCACAGCAUCAGAGUCGAUGACUGCCAGGAUUAAGAGUCUCCGCUCGAAGUUGAAUGGAACGGAUUCAGCUGGACAACCCGUUGCCGAAACAGUACCUCCUGCAGAAGACUCCGCACCAACUGUUCGGGCAUUUCGGGCGAGAUUGGCGGCAGCGCAAGAAAAGAGGGGUUCAGGUUCAAGUUCUGUCAACAGUGUCGAAGAACCAGCAACGCAACCUGCUGAAUCACGCGCAGCAGCCCUUCGAGCUAGAUUGCAAAAAGUGAAACAACAGACUACAGAAUAA